UGUUCUUUAUUUGUUGCAGUGGGAAGUAUGAAAGUGUUGCUCAGCCUUAUGAAGGUUGACGUUAGCUAGCGGGGUACAUUUUGUAAUGCAAGUUUAUGCUUUCAGACACUGGAAUAUUUAAAUUUGGAAGCGCUAACUUACUUUGUCUAUUGUUUUAUGAGUUAAGGUAACUUAGAGCUAACGUUAGGUUGUUCAUGAGUGAGUGUUAACAAUGGCGCUUAAACUUUUUUGGACACUGAGACCAAUUUUAGGGGCUAACUGUCGAAGUAACGUUAAACCAUAUGGACAGUCGAUAAAGGCGAGUUUGUGGCCAGUAAAAUGCUACAGCACUGCAACGGGAGGUGAAGACACUGGACCAGCUGCGGGACAGACUGUGGUCACAGAGCGCAGGGGGUCCGUGGUUACCGUGGCGAUAAACCGCCCUGAGGUGCGUAAUGCGGUGAACCAGGAGACGGCGAGGCGUCUGCUCAAAGAGCUGGAGGCCUUCGACAGUGACAAAGACCUGAACGUGGCUGUCCUGCACGGGAAAGGAGGGAAUUUCUGUGCUGGUUAUGAUCUGAAAGAGCUGGCCAAUCGCAAAGCCCGACUCAAAUUGGAGAAAGAUGUCACCAAGGGUCCCGGUCCGAUGGGUCCCUCCCGUUUGGAACUGUCAAAGCCGCUGAUAGCAGCUGUCAGCGGCUACGCUGUGGCUGGAGGGCUGGAGCUGGCUCUGCUGGCGGAUCUGAGAGUGGUGGAAGAGAGUGCCGUCAUGGGGGUGUUCUGCCGCAGGUUCGGAGUUCCCCUGAUUGACGGAGGUACAGUGCGGCUCCCGCGUCUCAUUGGUCUGUCACGAGCCCUGGACCUGAUACUGACCGGCCGGCCAAUCAGCGCACAGGAGGCUCUUGCCUAUGGACUGGCUAACAGAAUUGUUCCUGAUGGCCAAGCUUUACAGGCAGCGCUGGAGUUAGCAGAGCAAAUCAGCUCCUUCCCUCAGCAGUGUCUGCGGGCCGAUCGCUCCUCUGCCAUGCACAGCUGCUACGACGCUCUCUCCUUCACACAGGCCAUGCAGUAUGAGAUCGACCAUGGAAUUCCUGUCAUCCAAUCAGAAGCUGUCAACGGGGCUACCAGGUUCACUGCCGGAGCAGGAAGAGGAGGAGAAUUCUCCUAGCAAUUUAGUUUGCAGAGGCCUUUGUGAAGUGUGAUCUUCAGGUGAUCUAACACAUCUUGCUGUAUCCAUGUUUGAGGUUCACUGCUUUAAGACCACAGACUGAAAACAACAUGCAGUAGAACUCUGCCCCUUCAACCAUACUGAACAAACCUGAUCAAUUUGUGUUUUAAAUAAUGUUUGAUGCAUCCAAUUUUCGAUUAUGAGAAUGCCAGCUCAUUACCUAACCAAUGAUAUUAGCUAGCUAGCCAAGCAUCACUUCCUAAAAUUCAGAAAUUAGUUAUUAGUGACAGGCUUUUUAAAGUAAUGCAACUGCAAAGCCUUCAUUCUGCAAUCAGGUUGUGCUAAAAUGGUUCAUUCUUUCACCCUGUUGUAUUUUUACAUUUAAAUAUUAUUAUUUCGAUUGGGUAAAGGUUGUAAUUGUGAGCAACCAUCAGAGUUUUUGGUGAAAUACCAUCUAAAAUACCAGAAAGACAAAGGUGAAGUUAGUCUAAGGUUUAAUUUAAGGCCAGGAUUUGCAAUUGUUGUACAGUAUCAUUUUCCUCCCAACUGUCAGUCCACUAGCUUUAAUGGUUGGGAGGGAAGGAAGCUUCAUAUUCAGUAUAGACGAGGACAUUAAAGGGGCAGCUCUGGAUUUUUGAAGUGGGACUGUAUGAGGUACUUAUCCAUAGUCAGUGUAUUACCUGCAGUAGAUGGCGGUUUGCGUGCCUCCAGUUUGGAGAAGCAGAGAGUUGUACCCACACAGAAGCUCAGCAAUGUACUGCCGUUGUCAGGGUCAACAGCAAAGCAUGUUAUAGCCACCUAAAAGAUAGCCGUUCAACUGUACGCUAUAUUUAGAAUAUUUUCAGCUCUUUACUGUGCUGUCAGACAGCCAUUUCAUUUAGGACUACUUUUUAUACUAUGCCAUUGGAGAUUUUUGGGUCAGACUUUCAGGGGUUUUUGGAAGAGACAACAAAUACAAUACAUUUUUAAAUGAGCAACGGUGAAGUGCUGUCCCCUGUGGAGACCAGGGUAUACCUUCUGUCUGUCUUAUUAUCUGUGUUUUUUAUAAUCUUCAGGAAAGUGAUCACUGCAAAUGCAGAGUUGUCUCAAUGUUGCACUUCGAGUGUUGAUGUCUAGAUUCAAUGCACCUAGUCACAGCUGUCUAAGCCCAACAUCAUUCAAAGGAACAUGGUCUAAGUCUAAAUGGUGACCAGGACAUGUCUUUGUUUGAACAGCCCUGAAAAACACAAGCACGUUUUAUCUUUUAAAUCUUUUGAAAAUUGAAGCACUUUCUAAACCAAACAGCUGAUCUUAAGCAGUGUAAAACAAUGAGCAGCCAAGUUACAUUUUUCAGUAGUUCUACGGUUAAGAAGAUUUAGUUUUAAAGGAAAUGUCUGUCUGACGGCAAGGUAAAGCACUGAAAAUAUUAAUCACAUAGCACACUUAGUACACUUGAACUAUUUUCGGUGGGCCUUAUUUAAUGUUUUACAGCUGACCCUAUCCACAUCAGUACAUUGCUUAGCUUCUGUACCAGUACAACUCUGCUUCACCAAAACUGAUGACGCGCUGAACACCUUCAACUGCAGCUGAUACACGGAGAAUGGAUUUACCUAAUACAGUCCCACUUUAAAAACAUUUUAAAAACCCAAACUAUCCCUUUAAUUUUCCUGAUGCAAAAGACAGACACACAUCUAUCUAUGUCUUCACCAAAACCAGGUUUAACCCAAGUUGAUUAAACACUGUAAUUGCUCAUUUGAGUAUCAGCCUAUUACUCAGAUUUUUUUAUUCAUAAGUAUUCAUGUUGUUUAAAGAUAUGGUCUUGCACCUAUAAUAGACUUUAUUUUCUCCAAAGCAAAUCAUUGAGGAGAAUCACUGAGUUAUCUUUACGUGCUGGGUGAUGCAGGGCUAUAAGGAGGCGCUGUGACCACAAAAGUAAUCCAACACAAAAGACUAAAAAGGCAUCAAAAGCACAAAACCUGCAGCAGCUCGCCAUUGUUCCUUUGACUUAGAGUGAAAAACAGUUGAUUACUGGGAUAAGACAUGUGUCGCGUACGUGUGUGUGUGUGUGAGACCUAGUAACCAUAGAAAUAUACUAUAAUUAUUGCAGAAGAUUCAGCAUUUCUAGUUAGAUAUGUGCCAGGUGUAAGCAUUCCUAUGGUUUUGGAGCACACUUCCCCUUCAUUUUGCGUGCUGGGGAGGCGUGUGUGUGUUAGCACAUAACACACAUAAGAUUCUCUCUGUGUGAACUCUUUCGUGACCUUUUUAAUGCUCUUUAAUAAAAAUGUCUCGCAGGAAGACUGAAGAUUGAACUAAAACCAAGAUGUGUGUGUAUGUGUGUGUGUGUGUGACUAAAAGAGAUAGAUGCAGACAGACAAAGACCUCAUUAGGUCUAGGAGGUGUCCUGUCUAGACAGUGUGAUGACAGGACACAGAACCUCUGUUUAAUGUUUCCUCCUCCUCCCUCUGCUUCCAGUUCACCCAGCAUACACACACACACAUACACAUCACCUGUUCUGCCUCCAGGGAUACACACACACGGUUGCUUAAUGUCAAGCAAAAUGUUAAGGACAUAUAGAAGUAUUUAAGUGCUUUUGUCAAUCAUUGUCAGCCUACAGUGUGCAGCUUGUUUAUCUCGGGAUUGUCACAGUAGCACUGGAAAGCACCAAGGAAGAAGAGGGUUUUUAUUUGUUUCUCAAACUCGCAUUAACCACUAAAUCUGUGUUACAAAACAGGAAUAAGCUGUCCUUUAGGGAAUUUUGAGUCCAAGAAAAACAAACAAUAAAAUCUCUGAUAAAUGACCUUCUUGAGAGCACCGGUUCUCCGUUAGCCCUGCAUGGUGUCUUCAGCCCUGGUUUUGUUAUUUUAGAGUUUGAUCAGUUGGUGUCUGCUCACACACAUGAUUUUUAUUAUAUUUUUUUUAUCUUAAACACGUUUUAAGUCAUGUUAUUUUUUUACUGUAUUGACAGGAUUUCUGCUUGGUAGACAGGAGAAACAUUUUAAAAUCUCAUCUGGUAUGGUGUGCCCCUCAUAAUGGUUGUCAGUAAUAUUAAAUAAAAGUCUACAAAAGUUUUAAUGAAGGGGCAGUAGCGUGCAAAAACGCCAGCAUAGUCUUUUUUGACAUGUUGUAAAAAGACUUAUGUAAAUUAAAAAUCUGACAGUUUUAC